UUCUGGUCACGUGCAUCCAGGCGAGAAAGUUUCUUCCAGUUUUCGGAUCAGAUUGCCAGUCGCGGAGAAGAGGGAGAGGCGGGGAAAGGGAGAACAAGUCUGGUGUCGGGUAAAGCGCUGGCUGCACCUUGACAGGACCCCUCCCCACCCCCACCACCGAACGGGAAAAGCCGCGAGCAGCGCAACAGCUUUCCUCUACUGGGGCUGAGUGUUCGGAUUUUAUUCAACUGGAGAAGGGGUGAAAAGAACCUGUGUUCCAGAAUGUGAUUGGAAGGUCGCAAAGGUAGCCCCACGGUUCAAGAAAGGAGGGAGAGAGUAAACAGCAGCUUCUAGACAUUAGCAGUCGAGAAAAUACUAGAAUCUAUUAUUAAGGACAUGGUAACAGCGUCAUUGGAUAAUCAGCAACUGUACAGUUAUGCGGAGAAAUCCAGGCAAAGCAGAUCCUGAAGUCAGCUGAUAAGGUACAACUCCUCUGUUAUGGCUUCUUCAAAUCAUCAAUAGUUCUUGUGACUAAGUGAUACCAUGGCCUUCUCAGAGGACCUCAGAAUUAGCAGACCAUCUUUUGGUGUUGCCUGCUGUUAAAGACUCACUGUGGCCUGAAAGCAAAAACAUUUAAUGGAUUUCAUUCGAGAACGUCGUUCUGAACUAGUUCAGCGAAUGGGAAGACAGAUAAUCAACCAGGUGGUUGAUGAACUUUACAGUAAAGGUGUUCUGAACGUUGAAGAGAAAGAUUUGAUUCUAGGAACACAGCUGUCUCAGGAGAAAGCUAGGUUGAUUCUUGGUUACAUUGAGAACAAGGGGACAGCUGCGUGCAAACUCUUUUUGGACUACCUCAAGUGCUACGACCAAUAUCUCUUUGAGGACCUAAAAUGGACAAGUAAAAAAGCCAGCAUUGAAAAGUACACAGAGAAGGACAUUGAAAUGAUUGCUGAGGAUUUAAGAAACCUUUAUCUAUCUUCAGCUUUUCAAAAGUUCCAUCCUCUUGGUGAGGAAAUAGACAUCAUUUUCGACCUAGAAACCACAUUUUCUGAUGCUGUGUUCUGGAAAAAAAAUAUAAACAACCGAACAAUAGACCAACUAAUGUUCCAGGACCUUCUGGAUGAACUAAGGAACCUCACAGUGAUUGAAGGUGAAGCCGGCAAAGGUAAAACAACUCUUCUGAAGAGGAUUGCAUCUCUCUGGGCUUCAGGGAAACACCCCUCACUGAAUCGUUUUAAAUUGGUUUUCUUUGUUAGUCUCAGGAAUAUGCAGAAGGGACUGUAUGAAAGCAUCUGUGAACAGUUACUUAGGGAACCAUACAGCCUGGAUAGUUUGACAUUCAUGAAAAUCAUAGAGAUCCUAGAACGCAAUGUGCUCUUUUGUUUGGAUGGUUUUGAUGAAUUUAAGUCCCAAGAUUACCCUGAGACUGCCAGGCUCUUCACAAAGAAUGCCCAGUACAAGCACACAGUAGUUUUAACAACACGAUCUGAGACCCUGAGCCAGGUUCGAGGCUACGCCGAUCUCCUAGUGAAAAUAGGAGACCUAACUUACAAUGGUGCAAAAAUGCUGAUUGAAAAUGUAUUAGAGGAAUCCUUGGCCAAGAGUUUGUUGACCCAACUUGACCAAUCGAGCACUAUGAAGGAGAUGAUGAAGACUCCACUCUUUGUAGUGAUCGCAUGCGCCAUUCAAAUGGGAGAUGAUGACUUCAUUCCAAAGACACAAACAGCAUUGUUCCAUACCUUGCACAAGCUAAUGAUCAAUAAAAGUCACUACAAAACCAGAGACUUGCCAGAAGAAUAUAUCAUUGAGAGCAUAAGACGUUGUGGAGACCUGGCUUUGGAUGGAAUCUUUAAGUCCAAGUUUGAUUUUAAUAUCGAAGACUUGUCAUCUCAGAAAGAGGAAAGGCUGCUGUUGGCUGCAGGCCUCCUGAAUAAAUAUGCUGCCCAAAGACUUAAGCCAGUUUACAGAUUCUUUCACAAAUCCUUUCAGGAGUACACAGCAGGCAGGAGAUUACAUGAAUUGGUGACAUCUAGCUCAGUGACAGAGAUUUCCAAAGGGCAGAUGUACUUACAGAAAAUAAAUACUAUUUCAGACAUCACCUUCAAAUACCAGAAUCUACUUCUGUAUACGUGUGGAUCAUCUAAAGAUGCCGCAGCUGAAGUAAUCAAGCACAUUGUGGGUGUUAAGGACUAUGGAACACUUUUGCAGUUUCUAGAUGAGAACGAGGAGAGUGUGAAUGUAGAAACUCAGAUGCAAAGUUCUGAGGAAGUGGAGAAACUUAAACUUCUAAACAUGAACACUCUUGUUGAACGUGGCCUGACCUUUGUCUAUGAAAGCCGUUCCCAAUCUGCUCUAGCUGCAGAGUUUGCGAUCUUUCUUCAGGGAAAAGAACUCCACAUCAAUUCCCAUUAUAUACCAGAUUACCUCUUCUACUUCGUUGAACAUUUGCCCUCUUGUUUAAGAGCUUUAGGUCUCAUUAAACUUGCGUUUUCUGGAAACUCCUUUUCUUCAAAUGGAAAUGGAAUUAAAAAACCUGAGAGUGAAAAUCAAAUGCAGUCUGUAACUCAGGCCCGAAUACCUGAGCCUGCCAUUAAACUUUUCUAUGAAACACCCUGGAAUCAGACUUUUAACACAUUGCAAAUCACAUUGAGAGAUUUUCCAGACUUGAAGCCAAAGGAGAUCAAGUGCAUUGGGAAAAUCUGUUGCUCUGCUUUGUCUUUAAUACUACAUAUAAGCAAGAGUGCAGGAAUCACAGGAAAGCUCCAUAAAAUUCUGAAUACCUGUGCACGGAACGUGCAGGACCUGGUUAUUGAAUCCACACUAUUAACUGAGGAAGAUGAACAACAGAUAGUAAAGAUGUACCAGUUAAAGACCUUGCACAUCAAUGAUCUCCAAACAGAACAAAGAGAUGGAGGAUUUAUUGAUGGGAUACAUUGCUUGAAAAGCAUUGAAAAGCUGGUACUAGAAAAUGUGAAAAUGAAUGACAUUGAUGUUAAAAAAAUAGCUGAAAGCCUUAAGAAAUUCAGCAAUAUCUCCGUGUUCCAUCUAUCCCAGCUGACAGGUCUUGGCAAUGGAAUUGAGCAACUUGUCAAAGAAUUAAGCAGUGGCAUCUGCAGCCUCCAAGAAAUUAAACUGGCCAGCUGCUGUGUGACAGGAAGAGCUGUCAUAACACUUGCUCAAAAUCUCCACAAUUUGCAAGGGUUGAAAGUUCUUGACCUAUCAGGAAAUAACCUAGGAGAGGAAGCAAUCGAUGCAGUCAGUCAACUUGUUGAUCAACUAACUGUUGCCUCAAGUUUAAAGGUGCUGAUGUUGCCUUUUGGGCAAAAUGUCAACAGUUGCCUUGAAAAACUGCUAAUCCAACUGAAAAGUCUAACAAAUGUGACAAAGUUAGGGCUGCAGAAAUGGAGGCUGAACGACCUAGACCUUGACUCACUGGCUUCCUUGGCAAUCAGUGGGCAUCUGGAAAACCUUCAGUGUUUAGAUCUGGCAGAGAAUUCUGUGACCACAAAAGGCUGGAUAGCAUUUUUUGGAGCCCUGAGAAAAAUUGAAACAGGCGGCCUUUUCAAGUUGACAUCAUUAGAUUUUAGCAGCCAGAUGGAAUUAUAUCCCGAAGCAUUCAUGGUGAAAGAAUUUGUUCAGUGGAUUGUAAAGCUCCAUUUCAUUCACGAGGUUGUACUGAUCAAUUGGAUGUUUGAUGAAAAUGACCUGAAUAUGAUUAAGAACGCAAAAACAACUCAGAAAAGGGAAUUUCAGAUAAGGCUGAGAGAAACAUACAAGUGACAAAUGAUCAGCAAGAGGAUUUGAAGCAGCUAUCAAUUUUGUUCCAUUUUAAAAGUAUUUUAUUAUAAAAAAACAAUUUUUCACUAA